AUGGAUAUCGACAUGAGCCGUCGUAACAAGGUCCCGCGGGCUUUGUCCGACUCAGAGAGGGCCCGUUUGGACGAGUUCAUCGACUCCAUCCACUACUCUGCACGCGAGUACGAGUACCGGCAUGUGCAGCUGCCCAAAGCCAUGCUCAAGGCCAUCCCUAAAGAUUACCACGACUCUUCCCACGGAACACUGAAGCUGCUCUGGGAAGAGGAAUGGCGAGCGCUCGGCAUCACUCAGAGUUUGGGUUGGGAACACUACGAGGUCCACGAGCCUGAGCCGCACAUUCUACUCUUCAAGCGCCCACUCAACUACCAGCCUCCCCAGUGA